GGAGUUGCUUUGUGUAUGGGUGUGAGACUGUGUGACUUGAUGACUUUAGGCUUAGACGGAGAACAAGUUAAAUGUUAUAUGACAUGUCUACAGAAAAGACAGAACUCAUGCAGACCCCCUUGCUGAAAAUCUGGGUCCCUGGGGCUGGAGGCUCACUGGGCCAAAGGAGAGGCUCGUCACGACCCCAGUUCACAAACUCUCCAACUAUGAUUGUAAUGGUGGGGCUGCCUGCCAGAGGGAAGACUUAUAUCUCCAGGAAACUUACACGCUACCUCAACUGGAUUGGGGUGCCAACUCAAGUCUUUAAUUUGGGCCAGUACAGAAGAGAAGCAGUCAAGUGUUACAAAAACUAUGAAUUCUUCCAUCCAGAUAACGAAGAGGCCAUGAAGAUCCGCAGGGCUUGUGUUUUAAAGGCCCUCAAGGACAUUGCCACCUACUUCAAUAAGGAGCAUGGACAAGUAGCAGUGUUUGAUGCUACCAACACCACAAAGGAAAGAAGAGAAAUCAUCACCAGCUUUGCCAGCGAGAGAGGCUACAAGGUGUUUUUUAUCGAGUCGAUUUGUGAUGACCCAGAAAUCAUUGAGGCAAAUAUAAUGGAAGUGAAACUAAGCAGCCCUGACUACGAGAACUGUGACAAAGACAACGUGGUGGAUGAUUUCCUGAAGCGCAUUGAAUGCUACAAGAUGACUUACAUCACCCUUGAUGAUGAAAAUGACAGGAAUUUGUCCUACAUUAAGAUCUUCAACGUGGGCACCAGAUAUCUGGUGAAUAAAGUGCAGGACCACAUCCAAAGCCGAAUCGUAUACUACCUCAUGAACAUCCAUGUUACGCCACGCUCCAUCUACCUCAGUAGGCACGGGGAGAGCGAGUUGAACCUGCUGGGCCGCAUCGGAGGGGACUCUGGCCUUUCGCCACAAGGCAAAAGGUAUGCUAGUGCUCUGUCAGAGUUCAUCAGAAAUCAGUCCAUAAACGACCUGAAGGUGUGGACGAGUCACUUGAAAAGGACCAUACAGACGGCCGAAGCUCUGGGGGUCACUUACGAGCAGUGGAAAGCCCUGAAUGAGAUUGAUGCUGGUGUGUGCGAGGAGAUGACUUAUGAAGAGAUCCAGGAGAACUUCCCAGAGGAGUUUGCGAUGAGAGAUCAAGACAAGUAUCGCUACAGAUAUCCCAAAGGAGAGUCUUACGAAGACUUGGUACAUCGUCUAGAGCCGGUCAUCAUGGAGCUGGAAAGACAGGAGAAUGUCCUCGUCAUCUGCCACCAGGCAGUCAUGCGUUGUCUGUUGGCCUACUUCCUAGACAAAAGCGCAGAGGAACUUCCGUACCUUAAAUGUCCUCUCCAUACUGUACUCAAACUAACACCAGUGGCCUACGGAUGCAUAGUGGAAUCUAUUUACCUUAACAUCCAAGCAGUCAACACACACAGAGAAAAACCUGCGAAUGUUGAUGUGACAAGACGGCCAGAAGAAGCACUUCGCACUGUUCCAGAACAUUUUUAACACAGUCUGAUGCAACACAGUCAACUUUAAUGCAUCCGUAAAGAUAAUUCUUUUCUUUUCGAGCUUUUUCAAUGACGAAGGAAAAAUAAACACAAUAUUUGUCCUGA